AUGCAUCUAAAUUACCUAGAAAACAAGGAUGAAACUAUAGAGGAUAAAAUUAUAGAAAAUAAAAUUAUAGAGGAUAAAAUUAUAGAAUUACCAGAGAAUAAAAUCACUGAAGAACUAUUACAAGUUGAAUCUAUGAAUAAAGUUACUACAGCACCAAGAAUUGUUAAAAUAAAUCAUAGUAAAGCACUAUAUACCGGAAUGUCAAGAACAACAGCCUGGAGAAAAAUACAAAAAGCUAGAGUAUCAUCAAAUGUUGAAAUAUUACCUAAUUUAUCACAUCUAUUUCCAGCUGCUAAUCUUGUAAAACGAUUACAGUUACUACAAUCAUUUUCUAUGGUGCUAUUAUCCAAUACUCUAUCAUUAGUAAAUCCAACAUGA